GCGGCGCGUGUUAAACACCCGCCGAAGAAGAAGACGCACUGGCGAAGCUCCUGCAUCACCCGCCUACCGAGCCAGGACCCUGCCAGUGGAACCGGAGAAAAAAUGGCGUUCACGUUCGCGGCCUUUUGUUACAUGCUUGCCCUGCUGCUCACGGCGGCGCUGAUCUUCUUCGCUAUCUGGCAUAUUAUAGCGUUUGAUGAACUGAAGACUGACUACAAGAACCCUAUAGAUCAGUGUAACACUUUAAACCCGACAGUUGAAAAGGUCAAAAAGAUUAAAAGAGUCAAAAUUGCAUUGAAGCUUGUGCUCCCAGAGUAUCUCAUCCACUUCUUCUUCUGCGUGAUGUUCUUCUGUGCUGCCGAGUGGCUCACCCUCUGUCUCAACUUGCCACUUCUGGCUUAUCACGUCUGGAGGUACAUGAGCAGACCUGUGAUGAGCUGUCCAGGACUCUACGACCCAACAACCAUCAUGAAUGCUGACAUCCUGGCGUACUGUCAAAAAGAAGGCUGGUGCAAACUGGCUUUCUACCUCCUGUCAUUCUUCUACUAUCUCUACGGAAUGAUCUAUGUUCUGGUGAGCUCCUAAACCACCUGAGGAAGGAAAAGGACCUGCAUGUACAGUAGAUGACCAGACACUGAUCAUAGUGCUGGAACUCUGGACCUGCUGGAGACCACCGUUCAGCAACACAAGACGCCAUUUCAAGCAGAACAACUCUCUAAUCCCCCUCUCACAGCGCAGAGCGUCGUUUUGGAAACAUUUAGCCAGUUCUAGGAGAGUAACUCGGUCGCAGCGUUCCUCCCAUAGGCACCAUAGUCAAAUUUUAUGGAGAAAAAGGACAAACCUGAAUGGACAAGUUUUAAUUUUUCUUUUUUUAUUUUUAAUGGUGUGGUUUUUGAUUCUUGGGAUUCAAAUAAAGUUUUUUUUCAUCUUGAUUCCCAACUGAGUGUUUACAAUUAGGUAGACAUUUAAGGGUUUUCUUUAAACUGUGCUGAACCGCAUUUGCUUCUGAAUUAGUGAAUUAGUCCAGGCUUUAGUAGCUAAUUUAUACCUGCCACAUGAUUCAUUACUGUCACUAAUACAAAUAGCAAAGUGUUAAAGAGACUUAUUUUCUUGUCCAUAGACAAGUCCAAAAUAGUUAUUACAGUCGUGUACAGCGAGGGCUGCCGUGCAUGGGUUAUCACUAAGGAGACUGGGUUGCGGAGACAAUCGUCCGAUUGUCACAGCGUCUGCGCUUUCUGAUGAAUCACUUCCAUUCUUCAGACCCAUUUGUUGCUUCAUUUAAAUGAUGUAAUCCUUAUCGACACCGGUGGAAAUAUUCUGUGUGUGAAUCCUUUCUGUUGACUCACCAUUGCAGCGAUCAGCGAUCAAAAAGGUAGACUCAAUAGUACAAGCGUGCAUUUAGCAUCAGGAAGGAAGAGUCUCUGCUUUGUUAGGAAACUGCCCAUGUGCCAUACUCUUGAAUGUACCUUUUUGAAAAUGGCAUUGUGCAUUUUGUUCAUUUCAUCACUUCCUCCACAUCUUUAGGGUGUUUCCUAGUUUACUUUUUGUCUCCAGUAACAAACACUCCUUAGUGACUAAAGUGGUUUUCUUUAGCAUUAAGAUCACUUUUCCAGAAAUAUUGGGGUAUUUAUUAGAUUUUUAAAAUAUGUACAUUUAUCAGGGAAGGAGAUCAACGUUUGUCUGUAUAAAAACCCAUCCUGUCACAUCAAGGAAAAGAUUUAUUUGAAUCUAAAUAAAACUAUCCCACUCUGAAGAAA